UUCUGUCGCGUGAAUACACACCGAGAGGCGAGGGAAGAAACCGGCACGACUGUCUAAAAACCGGAUAUUCUCAUAACCUACAGUGUAAUAUUACCAGCAUUAUUGUCGGAAAUCAUUCCUGUGUAGCCUGUCGAGUUUGAAAUGUUACAGUUUAGGUUCUCGAGGGCGUUAAAGGAGUUUUGCAAACCCAAUCUAAGGCGCCAUUGGAAAAAUACUACAGAUACUACAGCAGCCGCCGGAGGAUGCGCAUCUUCAUACAGACGAGCUCUGUGUACGCAGACAGAUGCGACCACCGACAAGAGAAGGAAGGCAGGCAUUUUGCCCAGCCUGGAAGAUCUCCUGUUUUACACCAUUGCAGAAGGCCAGGACAAAAUUCCAGCUCACAAAUUUACCACGGCGCUGAAGGCCACAGGUCUGCGUACUGGAGAUCCUCGUCUUAAGGAGUGCAUGGAGAUGUUAAAAGUCACCCUGAAGACCACAUCAGAUGGUGCUUUGGAUCGACAUCUCUUUAAAAAGUGUGUGCAAAGCAAUAUUGUGUUGCUAACGCAGGCUUUCCGGAAAAAGUUUGUCAUUCCCGACUUUCAGUCAUUUACCUCUCACAUCGAUCAAAUUUAUGAGAGCGCUAAAUCACUGUCGGGUGGCCAGGUGGCAGAUUACAUUCCCCAGCUUGCGAAAUUUAGCCCUAAUCUCUGGGCCGUUGCCUUGUGCACUGUAGAUGGCCAACGAUACACUGCGGGCGACACAAAAGUUCCAUUUUGUCUGCAGUCGUGCGUGAAGCCGUUAAAGUACGCGGUUGCUGUUCAUGAUCACGGCACUGACUACGUGCAUCGCUUUAUAGGGAAGGAACCCAGCGGUCUUCGUUUCAACAAACUCUUUCUUGACGAAGAUGAUAAACCUCACAAUCCCAUGGUAAACGCUGGCGCUAUAGUUUGCACCUCCCUCCUCAAGCAAGGUGUAAGCAACGCUGAGAAGUUUGACUAUGUGAUGAACUUUAUGAAGAAGUUGGCAGGCAAUGAAUAUGUUGGUUUCAGCAACGCUACGUUUCAAUCAGAGCGACUGUCAGGUGACAGAAACUUUGCAAUUGGUUACUACUUGAAGGAAAAGAAGUGUUUCCCAGAGGGUACAGAUAUGAUCUCCAUCCUGGACCUUUACUUCCAGCUGUGCUCCAUUGAGGUAACCUGUGAAAGCGCUAGUGUGAUGGCGGCUACCCUGGCGAACGGCGGCUUCUGUCCAAUCACGGGCGAGCGUGUGCUGAACCCCGAGGCUGUACGAAACACUCUGAGUCUCAUGCACUCCUGCGGCAUGUACGACUUCUCCGGACAGUUCGCUUUCCAUGUUGGUCUCCCGGCUAAAUCAGGCGUUUCCGGAGGCAUCCUGCUGGUGGUGCCCAACGUGAUGGGCAUUAUGUGUUGGUCUCCUCCUCUUGACAAACUGGGCAACAGCGUGCGAGGCAUCCAGUUUUGCACGGAUCUGGUCCAGCUCUUUAAUUUCCACAACUAUGAUAAUUUACGCCACUUUGCCAAGAAACUGGAUCCACGGCGAGAGGGUGGAGAACAGCGGGUCAAGUCUGUUAUCAACCUGCUGUUUGCAGCCUACACAGGAGACGUGUCGGCUCUGAGAAGGUUUGCGCUCUCGUCGAUGGAUAUGGAGCAGAGAGAUUACGACUCUCGGACGGCCCUUCACGUAGCAGCUGCUGAAGGUCACGCUGAGGUUGUGCGCUUUCUCCUAGAAGCUUGUAAGGUGAAUCCGGUGCCCAGAGACAGGUGGGGUAACACUCCCAUGGACGAGGCCAUUCAUUUCGGCCAUCACGACGUCGUAACAAUCCUGCAGGACUAUCACAACACCUACAGCCCCAAGGAAACCACUGCCGACACCGAAAAGGAGACGGCCGAGAAGAACCUGGACGGGAUGCUGUAAACAUGAUCUGUCGCGUUAAAACACUUUUCCCAGUGAUUUUCCCAGUGAGUCUGUGUGUCUGAGGUAUGCAUUUGAGAAGAAAACAUACAAAACACACAAAAAAAAAGUCUUGGGCCCCUUUACCUUGUUUUGUGGUGUGUAAUGUGUAACCUCCGUUAUCAUGGUAAGUUUUUAUCGUACACUCGGGGGAAUGUAGCCUCAUAAAGGUCUUAUUUAGCUGUAUCUCCACGUAAACAUACAGUAUAAAUUGAAUAUACUCAAUACAAGUAUAUAUAAAAAGUUUAUGUAUAGUUCAUGUACAUUCAUUUAUGGUUUGAGAACCUUCAUAAUGAUGUCAAAUAGAUAUUUAAGAAAAGGCAGCUUGACUGGAGAGGCUAGCUUUUGGAGGGAUGUGUCAUUCUGAUUUAUUUAUUUUUAUAUUUUGACCCAUUUUCUGUUUCUUUUAGUCUUAUAAAUCAACAUGAAGAACAAUAGUAGUUCUUUAUGCCUUUUAAGUGUAAGUCAUCUUGUGAAUAUGUUCCAAAUAUGAUCAUCCAAAAAUUGCACUUUUUUUUAUUUACUUAUUUUUUUGUAUUAUAUUUAUUUGUCUUUCAGUAUCGUUUAAUUAAUUUAACACUUUACAUGAAGUUUUUUCAAAUAAGUUUUACAGUUUAAAUUAGUUAAUUUAGGAGUCAUACUAAUGAUAAACUUUUUUUUUUUUUUUAUAUUAAAUUUAUUAAUCUAGUUGUUAAUUCAUGCUGGUUCUAAAUACCUAUACUGUCAAUUUAAAAUAUAACUAAAUAUGCUAAUAUCUGUAGAAAUGAACAGUGACCAAGAUUAAUAAAUGCUGUAAAAGUAUUAUUGAUUGAUUGAUAACCAUCUACUUAACUAAUGUUAACUAACUGAAACUUAUUGUGAAGUGUCACUGAAAUUACUUAAAAGCACUAAACUGACCAUUUUCGUACUACAGUUAUGUACUUAACUAAUGUUAACCAAUUGAAACUUACUGUAAAGUGUCACUUUAAAACAAUAGAAGGACCAUUUUCCAAUACAAGAAUUUCCUGUAUUUGAUGUCUAUAUGUUUUACAUUAAGUUUCAAUUUGUUUACAGUAGUUAAAUGCCACCAAAAUGACUUAAAAACACUAGAAGGACCAUUUUAGUACCAUUUUAGUGAAUUGAAACUAAUUGUAAAUUGUGUCGAAAAUUACUUUGAAACAUUUAAAGGACCGUUUUCAUACCUUCGUUGCACUACAGGUAUUUCCUGUAUUUGAUGAACUAAUUGAAACUUAUUGUAAAUUGUCUCUGAAAUAACUUUAAAUCACUAGAAGGACCAUUUUCAACCAGCCUGUUUAUUGUACUACAAUAAUUUCCUGUAUUUUUAAAAAAGCUUCAAUUUGUUUAUAUUAGUUAAGUGCCACAAAAAUUAAUUUAAAACACUGUAAAGACCACUUUCAUACCUAUGUUUAUUGUAAUGAAUUGAAACUUAUUGUAAAUUGUCUCUGAAGUUACUUUAAAUCACUAGGACCAUUUUCCACCUGCCUGUUUGUUGUAUUACAAAAAUUUGAUACUUGUAUACUUUACAAUAAGUUUCAUUUUACUUACUUCAGUUAAGUGUCACCAAAAUAACUUUCAAAAAAAACUAGAAGAACCAAUUUCAUGGUUGCCUGUUUAUUGUAACGAAUUAAAACCUACUGUAAAUUGUGUCCAGACUUACUUUAAAACACUGGAAGGACCUUCCUGUUCGAUGUACUACAGGUAUUUCCUGUAUUUGAUGACUAUGUAUUUAACUAGUGUUAACAAAUUGAAACUUACUGUAAAGUGUCAUCAAAAUUACUUUAAAUCACUAAUAGGAUGAUUUUCCACCUGCCCGUUUAUUGUACUACAAGAGUUUCCUGUAUUUGAUGAACUUCAAUUUGUUUAUAUUAGUUAAGUGCCACCAAAAUUAAUUUAAAACACUGGAAGGACCACUUUCAUACCUAUCUGUUUAUUGUAAUGAACUGAAACUUAGUGUAAAUUGUGUCCAAAAUUACGUUAAAGCUCUAAAAAGACCAUUUUCAUACCUGCCUGUUCAAUGUACUACAGGUAUUUCCUGUAUUUGAUGACCAUGUCGUUAACUAAUGUAAACAAAUUGAAACUUAUUGUAAAUUGUCUCUGAAAUUUAAAUUUGCUUGACUGAUGUUAAAUUAAUAAAAUUACUUCAAAGCACUAGAAAGAGCAUUUUCUACAUGCUCGUUCAUUGUACUACAAGAAUUACCUGUAUUUCAUAUCUAUAUAAUGUACAUUAAGUUUCAAUUUAUUAGCAUUAGUUGAGUGUCACUGAAAUUUAAUUCAGAGCACUAGAAAACACUUUUUCGGACAUGCCUGUUCAAUGUACUAGAGGAAAUUUCCUGUAUUUUGGUGAUGUUUAUCUAAACUUAUUGUAGUGUUACCAAAAUUAAUUUAAAGCACAAAAAGGACAUAUCUGCCCAUUCAGUGUGGAACAGGAAUGUCCUGUAUUGGACCUCUAUGUACUUAACUAAUGUAAACAAAUUGAAACUUAUUGUAAAGUGUCACCAAAAUUACUUUAAAGCACUGUUUUUGUACCUCGACUUUAACUGUAACUAGAAGAAUUCCCUGUAUUUAAUACUUUACUAAUAUUAAAAAAAUGUAAACUUUUUGAAAAUUAACAAAUUUACUUCAAAGAACUACAAAGACCAUUUUCCACCUGCUUGUUCACUGUACUACAAGAAUUUCUUGUAUUUCACGCCUAUAUAAUUUUACAGUAAGUUUGUUUAAUUAACAUUAUUUAAGUGUCACUGAAAGCAAAUUUAACACACCAGGAAAAAUAUUUUCGUGUUCAUUGUACUACAGGAAAUUUCUUGUAUUUGAUAGUCAUCUACCUAAUGUUAACUAAUUGAAACUUAUUGUAAACUGUUACCAAAAUUACGUUAAUACACCAAAAGACAAUUUUCAUACCUGCCCGUUCAUUGUACUACAGGUAUUUCCUGUAUUUGAUACAGUAUUUAUAUACUUUACAAUAGGUUUCAAUUUGUUUACAUUAGUUAAAUGCCACCAAAAUUAAUUCAAAACACUAUUUUCGUAGUUUAUUGUAACAAAUUUAAGCUUAUUGUAAAGAAUUCCCUGUAUUUGAUACUUGUCUAUUUAACGAAUUGAAAACGUACUGUAGUGUUACCAAAAUUAAAGCAUCAGAGGUACCUGCCCAUUCAGGAAUUUCCUGUAUUUGAUAUCUAUGUACUUAACUAAUGUGAACAAAUGAAAACUUAUUACAAAAUUACUUUAAAUCACUGUUUUUGUACCUCAACUUUAAUUGUACUAGAGGAAUUCCCUGAUAUUUAAUACUUAUCUGCUUAACUAAUGUUAACCAGUUGAAACUUUUUGCUCAUUUAUUGUACUACAAGAAUGACCUGUAUUUAAGCCUAUAUAAUUUACAGCAAGCUUCAAUUUUUUAACAUUAGUUGUCACUGAAAAAACAUUUUCGUACCUGCCCGUUCAUUGUACUACAGGAAAUUUCCUGUAUUUGAUACCUACCUAACGUUAACAAAUUGAAACUUAUUGCAAAUUAUUACCAAAAUUACUUUAAAGCACCAAAAGGACAAUUGUUGUACAAGUCCGUUCAUUGUACUACAGGAAUUUCCUGUAUUUUUGAACGCUACGGUAUUUCCUGUAGUUUUUCAAUACUGAAGCAUACUGGAAAUCUUACGGCAGUUGACUAAUGAAUAAUUAUGUGGAAAACCAACACAAAGAGUUUUUGACAUUUAAAUCCAGGAUAUAAAAAUGGCUUUGUUGUGUGGUGUAGCUCAACAAUCACAUAGAAAAAGAACCAAGCAAUGAGGUCCAAUUUUCAGUUUUAUUUAUAGUACAUGGUGAAAUGACAAGUAAGAUUGAAAGCUGAAAAUAAACAAACAAAAAUGCACUGGAAAUUUACGCUGACUGCUAUGGUCAAGAUGCAGUCUAGACUUGUCCCAUCAGUUAUGUAACUUUGGGAAGUCCCUUCAGAAGCUAAUGGUUUCAUGUCUGUAAGCACAUGUUGUAUGCGGAAAAGCACAACGAUUGUUCUAAUGUACAGUACAGAAGACGGCGUAUACUUGAAAAACCUCCAAAGCUGGGUCACUCAAAUUGGUGUAUAUUUUCUAGUGGGACAUUAUUGUUGACGUAUUGUGAAUGUGUGUUUUGUAACGUGCGUGUGGAUGUUCAUUGCUAUUUAUUGGGAAAAAAAACCAAGCAAUGUAACCAAAUGACUCGACAGUACAAAAAUAAGUCACGGAUUCAACUUCGUUCGAUUCCUUGUAGUCGAAUUAUUGUUUUUGCGGAGAAAACUGUUACGAUUUAUUUCCCUGUAUUUGUUUAUUACUGCUAUGAAUGUAUUGCAUCGUUGUGAAAUUUCCUUUAAUUUGCUUUUAUUAUUUAACUAUGCUAUACUGUAGAUUUGUUCAAAUUUUAUGUCAGUACUACUGAAUAUAUUUCACACAAGAAAUACUAGAUAAAAACAAUAAAGUCUUUGAACAUAGCUUUUGAUAUUCAUUUUUUACAUGCAUCCAUUCAAUAGAUAUUUUUAUCUAAAAUAUUAUUAUUAUUAUUUUUCCGUCGUUUUACCGUCUGUUUUUUUGCCAAUGCACACUGGCCUGCUCCGAAAGUUUUUAAGGUGCAAAUAUUUAUGGCUUAUCAAACUAGAUGGAUUUCCAUAGUAAUUACUUUCGAUCAUGUCCAAAACAAACAAGACAAAAACAAAUAAACAGCAGUAUAAUCCAGUGCAAUAACGGCAGAAACGACAACAUGAAGUGAAAAUAAUACUAACAGAGCACCUGUAAGUUACAGAAAAAUUUUAAAGAAAACAUCUCUUUUUUUUUUUUUUUU